UGGACAGCUGGUGUGCCAUUUCCUGUUCUGAUGCCAUGAAUUCCAGAAAAACACUUUCAGAAACAAGGAGAGGAUACCCUGCUGAUAAAGCUUAUGCCACUGCACACUCAUGGCAGCUCCCACAGAUCCUCAUUGUGGAUGUCAAGCCACUCUUUUGGGCCAACACAUGUUCUAAACUUUGUGAAGCCCUGGAAAACUUCUUCUGUCUAGCAUGUAGUUUGGCAGGUCCCUGUCGCAUCCCAUUGCUGAGCCUAUAUGUGGUGCAGAACCAGCACGAGUGCCUCCUUCCCUUUGUGCAAGUAAAAGGGAGCUUUCCUCGGCUUCAGACCUGCAUUUCAGAACUUCGCUCCUUACCAAGAGAAGGCUCUUUCCAACAAAAGGGAGACAGAGUGAUGCAGGCUGUGCAGGAUGGGCUCCAGCAGUUUAAACAGUACACCAGACAUAUGCUAGCAGGAGGCUCAGUGAACACUACUUCAUUAGAUCUGUGCCUUCUGUUUUAGAUUACAGUUUUGACUAGUCAGCCAGGCAAGGACAUGGUGAAACAACUGGAAACAGGGUUAAGAGAGAUAGACCUGGUGAGUCUGCGGAAACUGCAGAUCAUAGAGAUCUCACAAGGAGGCUUGCUGGAAUCAGAGGAUGUGGAGUGGCGCAUACAUGCUGAAGAAGAGGUCAGCAGUGAUGACAGUGUGGUCCUGGGGAUGGACAUUGACCUUCAGACCAUAGAGAAUGAUGUUGUCAGCUUGGAAACUUUCUUUAAAACCUGGCUUCAUAAUCAUGGCACAGACAGAGAGCAGCUCCAUCUCCUCCUGCCCUCAGGAGACUUCCGUCACUUCACUGCCCCCAGGACAAGUCUAACAUGUGUGAAAUGUGAUAUUCAGGAGAGACUGCUUAGCCCAGCUCUGCUUCCUGGGGCAGCUGAUGUCACAGUGAGAACAGAUGAUGUCAACACACCAUACCAGAUGGCAGCCUGUCCAGCUACGACACUGUACAAACUCAGAGUCAUAAAGGCUCUGAAGGCUGAAGGGGUUUGUGAAUCAGUGCUGUUUGGGCUUCCCUACAUCAUUAAACCUACGAGUUGUUGGCAGCUGGAUUGGGAUGAGCUGGAGAUGAACCAGCACAACUUCCAUGCUCUGUGUCACAGCUUGCUGAAAAGGGACUGGAUGCUUUUGGCCAAACGUGAGCCACAGAGUAUGGUUCCAAGCUGGAGCAUCACAGUGAAUUCCUACUAUGUUAUCAUCCCCUCUGACUCCUUCACGCUGCUCGUCAAAGCCGUUGCAGUCAGAGAACUCCUGCUGCCAUGCAAUGUCCCAGCUCUCCCUGCUGACCUUCCAGAGACAGCGCUCAGCACCAUAGAGAAUGCCUUGAAUAGUCUGGAAGUGGAACCUAGAUACAACCCCCUCCAUGUGAAAAGCAACCUCUACAAAUACCUGGUGAGCGGGUUCUCCAGACCCCAGUACCGGCAGCAGGCCCAGCCCAAGGAGCAUCGCCCAGGAGAGCGGCAUCACUCGAGACAGCACCAGAACAAAGCCAAGGCCACGGUAGCUCCCCUUCCUCUGGUUCCCCCGCCACCCAAAGCAUUCAGAUCAUCUGCUGCAAGGAAGAAUGCCUGUGAGCUCUCUCUCUUCUCCAAUGAAGACAAUGAAUUCCUGGGGGGCGUGUAAUGACAAGGGCGUUUCUCUACUACCAGCCCAAGUGUUGAGACACCCCACACACACACACUGUCCUACCCUGGCGCACACGCACAGCAGGCCCCACUCACACAUUCAUGUCACUAUGCACUCACAGCUCAGCCUGUUGCUGGGCCCUGUGCUUGCCAAGCACCACAUGUGCCAGCACAGGACCUGCUUGGCCUUGCUGUGAAAGGCACUUCCCACCAUUCAUUCUCUUGUUGUUCUACAGUUUUGUUAGUUGCUGAGACAGUCUCCAGGGAGCCUGCUCCCCAGGGGCCCCUCUCUGGCCAUGAAACCCAUUGCUACCCGACACAGCACCUCCCAUUCAUGUCACUGCAGCACACACCACCACAUGGCCUCAUAAGAUGGGUUCUGAGAACAAACAUGCAUAUGCUGGCAUAAUCCUGAAGCCCAAAGACCAGGAUUUGCAUUCUAAUG